CUCUGUACAAAACAUCAAUUUUGGUUUUAUAUACUAUCAGCAGUAAAUAGUACUGUUACAAACAAACAAAAUGACGGUUAAAAUUUCAGUUUUUUCUAUCGUUCUGAUUGCGGCCUAUGCCUGCGCUGAUGUCUACCAGCCAUCAACAUUAUCAAUAUCAAUGCCAUAUAUGCCCUACUAUCCAGUGGAUGUACCUGCCUACAAUGAUUACAAGAAAAGUAUAUACACUCUAAACCAAGCUUUGGCCAACAUAUGUUUUAAUGCUCAAGGUGCAUACGACUAUUAUUCGUUAUACAAAGACCAGCCAGGCCUUAACCUAGAACUAAAAGAAAACAAAGUAAGAUUCGAAAAAGCUCUAAAACACUUUGAUGACAAGAUGAAUGAAUACCGUCAAGCAUUAUUGAACUACAAAUUGUUAUUAGGAUAUAAAAGCCAAGUGCCUGUAUCAUUAGAUGACAACAUUAACAUCGACCCUGAAUUAUUAAUGUAAUUUUUAAAUAUUACAUAAUUUUAGUAGUUUAUUAAUAAAUUCGUUUACCACAUUUUGUCAAACAUAAA